AUGUCCGCCCCUCCGCAGACCAUCCACAUCAAGCGCAAGCGCGGCGCUGAGGAGGCCCCCGUCAACUAUCUACAUCUCGAGUCGGGAACAAAGCGCCACCUGAAAAACUUUGUUUACAAACGGCGCAAUGGCGAGGCCAAAGAUCAACCAAAGGCCCUGCCCCCUUCCGUCCAUCCUCUCUUGAACGACUUGCAGAAUCUACAUUCCGAAACCGCGCCCAUAAUACAGUCUUCCAAGGUCCAAGAUCAACCUUUCGACGAGGGGGAAACGGACACGAAACCACAAGCACCAGCCGCUCAGCUGAGCUCCACCCACGAUCAUGUGUCAAAGACGGAUGCCGCCCUGAAAACAACCGGACUGCCUGCGUUUGGCGCGCAACGCUUCUUCCACAUGUCGCGGGCCUCGAUGCAGGCCCCGUCCGCACGAAGCAGGAGCUCCGGGAUCACGAAGAAUCGCAAGUCUCGAUACGGCACCGCAGUAUUUGUCGAACGUGGCGCCCAUGGUGCGCUGAACAAGGCGCUCCCUUCGAGACCAUUGGUACAGCAGCAGCAUGGGGCAUCAGAGGCACACACGGAGACAACGAUGGAGAGGAAGAUUAAGAAACCGAGCGCGCGACGUAUGAACCGACCUGCUCCUUCCCCUACAGACGCCACACCCAACACCACGACGCCGAUCCCGGACGCCGCCGCCAAAGGCCCCGAUCCCGAUCACAAGCCCCUCCCACCGGUCAACCGCACAGACGAGACCGACAAGAUCGCAGCCGACAUGGACCAGUGGGUCCUACACGAGAUAGGCCUGAAUCUGGCCGAGAUCAAGAAGAAGACGCCUGCGUCCCCGUCCAGAUUCAAGCCCAAGGCCCCCGCCAAGCGCUUCGCCGAACGCCACCCUGAGCUGGCGCGCGAGCUCGACGCCAGGGACGCCUCCGAGGCCCAGGACGUCGACAUGUCCGACGACGACUACGAGAUUGUCGUCUACGAACUCGCCCCCGACACGCACAAGACGACCACCCCGCUGCUGGCGCUCGGCCAGAUUCCGCCCGAGCAGAUCGGCGUGCUCAAGUUCGACACGGAGGAGGACAUGGAGCUCUUUUACGGAUGCGACGAGUCCGACUCGGACGAGCUGCCGGAUGACGAAGAGGACGAAAACGCCGAGAACCAUUACACGGCCGACUACCCGGAAGACGAGGUUGACUCGGACGACGAAUACGGCCGCAAUGCCUACCUCUACCGCCAGGGUCAGACCUCGGACGGGGACGAGUUUGACGCUUACUAUGACGGCGAGGACGAGGAGAUGACUUUCAGCGGCGACGACGAGGACGUGCAUCAGGAGCGUAUCCGGCGGUACAUUCGCCAAUUUGGAUCUGGUUAG